AUGGCUAACGUCGCUCUAAUUGGUUCUACGGGCAUGGUGGGCUCCCACAUCCUCACCAGCCUACUCUCCAACAGCGGCGUGAAUCGCGUCGACACAAUUUCCCGCCGAGCCCCCCACGCAGCCACCGCGGGCCCCCAAACCAAGCUCACUACCUUCGUGUCUGACGACACCUCGAAAUGGGGCUCGCAGCUCGCGGCGCUGACACCCGCACCCGAGAUCUUCAUGUCCGCCUUCGCCACAACCCGAGGCAACGCAGGCGGCUUUGAGAACCAGCACAAGAUCGAACACGGACUGAACGUCGAGCUUGCGCGCGCGGCGCGCGACGCCGGCUCAAAGGUCUACGUGCUGAUCUCGGCGCAAGGCGCGAGCAAGGAUUCCCGUAUUCCCUAUUCACGCAUGAAGGGUGAGAUUGAGGAGGAUGUGAAAGCGCUUGGUUUUGAGCGGACUGUUAUUCUGCGCCCCGGGUUGAUCUCGGGUACUCGUGAGGAGAGUCGCCCCUUGGAGGCUGGGAUUCGCUUUAUUGCGAGCUGGGCAGGGAAGGUUCAUUCGAGUUUGAAGGAUGGGUGGGCACAGGAUGCAGAUGUCAUUGGGAAGGCCGCUGUUAAUGCUGGAUUGAAGGCGUUGAAAGGGGAUGUCCCGGAGGGAAGUGAGAAGGUAUGGGUUGUUGAGGGGAAGAGUAUCAUUGAGCUUGCAAAUGAGUCUUGA